AUAUACUGAAAGUGCCAAAAAAAAAAAAAGUGCUCAUUAUUCAAAACGGCACAUUUCAGAAUAAUAUUUGACUCCUGGGUUCUAAUUAGUGAUGCAUUAUUGUGUAAACUUUCUAAUGUUGCAGCUGGUAAAGGUGGGACUUAUUUAAACUACUUUAUAUACUGCCAAAAUGUAGUGGUGGAGCAGAAGUAUUAAGUAGCAUAAAGCGGUAACGCUACUUUAACAUUCUAAAGUACAGUAGGCUACUUGAGUGCAUGAACUUAAUUUCUUUCCACCACUGGUUGCGGGGCUGUUUCAUUGUAUCCCCCCCCCCCCCACUGCACAGCAGUAUGACGUGUCCUGAAUGUACUGUAUGGCACGGAAUACUUACAUGGCUCUCGAAUCACUAUUUAGGAAUACUAGUUGGACACUCAUGCUGAUGACGACCACCAUGAUAACACUGUUGAUUUGUUGACGGUGGCGACUGUAGGAGCAGCGAUGAUAGAGAACCUCUCCUCGGCUGCUCCACCCGCCAGCAGCCAAUGGGUGCGAGGGGCGGACAGCAUCCGCUAGGGGAGUUGUCUUCUUACAAGCAAUCCGAUUGGGCUGCCUUAAAAAGAGGAACAUAAAUAGAAAGGUUUGGCAGUAGGAGCGCUUCUAGUAGUGAGCGUGAGGACACAUCAGCAAUAAAUCUGUUACCCCUUCAACCAGGCUCCACGCUACGAGUCCGUGUGGUUCUUAGUAGCCGGAAGAAAUCUUCGGUUUGCUCAGCAUCAGCAACGUCUGGAAGCCAAAAGAGGCUAUUGUUUAGCGCUAAAAGGCUUGGCUUAACAGCAAGCCAGAGUUUGGUAAAUACUCAAGUUCAGACAUAUUCCGUGACAUUUAUAACAAAGUACCCACUUAAGGGCUUGUGAAUUACGUUUGGUAGCCACCAAGUUAGCUUGACCACAUUUCAACCCUUAGCUAGAUAUUUGAGGGAAUGGCAUUGGACUUCGCUGCGGGCUGCAUAGGAGGUGCUGCUGGUGUUUUGGUCGGACAUCCAUUUGACACUGUAAAGGUGAGGCUUCAAGUUCAAAAUGUGGACAAACCUCUGUACCGAGGAACAUAUCACUGCUUCCAGUCAAUCAUACGCCAGGAGUCGAUGCUCGGUCUGUACAAAGGCAUCGGCUCUCCAAUGAUGGGCCUGACCUUCAUCAAUGCCAUAGUUUUUGGCGUCCAGGGCAACGCCAUGCGCAAGCUUGGCCGCGACACGCCUCUCAACCAGUUCCUGGCUGGAGCCUCUGCUGGAACCAUCCAGUGUGUCAUUUGCUGCCCAAUGGAGCUGGCGAAGACACGCAUGCAGAUGCAAGGGACCGGAGAGAAGAAGUCUAAGAGGAAGCUGUAUAAGAACUCCCUGGACUGUCUGGUGAGAAUCUACAAAAAGGAAGGAAUCCGAGGGAUCAAUCGUGGCAUGGUGACCACCUUGAUGCGUGAGACGCCUGGUUUCGGUGUGUACUUUCUCACUUAUGACGUGUUGACACGUUCUCUGGGCUGUGAGCCAGAGGAUCCGUACAUGAUCCCCAAGCUGUUGUUUGCUGGUGGAAUGUCUGGCAUCGCCUCCUGGCUCUCCACCUAUCCCGUGGACGUGAUCAAGUCGCGUCUUCAGGCGGACGGGGUAGGCGGCGUCCACCAGUACAGUGGCAUUAUGGACUGUGUCAGACAGAGCUUAAAGAAAGAGGGCUGGAGGGUGUUUACACGUGGACUCACGUCCACUUUGCUCCGUGCAUUUCCAGUGAAUGCUACCACAUUUGCCACUGUGACUCUAUUUUUAUUGUACAUGCGUGAGGGAGAAGAGUGUAGCAUUCAGGACUCUGAGCUGCAGUCUGUUCAGCUGCAGCCUCUGCAGCCACAGACACAGCCAACUAGCAUGUGAGCCAUUGUGCAGCAGUGAGCACUACUACAGUCAUCAGCAAAUCUAGAUGAAAUGUGCAGCUUCAUGCAGGUCUAUGAUCUGUUAACUGGUGUCCAUAAUGAGAAAGGUGAACUGAUCCUAGGUAAGCCAAUUGAGCUUCAGCCAAGUGACCACAUGUAUUUUUUAAAUAUAUAUUUUAAGAUAGAUAUGGUAUACCGGUACUUUUUUUUUUUUUUUUUUUUACACUUUUUUUCAGUUUUAUGUAUUUUAGGAAACUUGACUGUUACAGUAAUGUACAGUGACAGUUACAGAUGUUCCUAAAAUUUGGAAUAAAAGAAUGUCUUUAAUGCUGUGUUCAGAUCAUAAUGGGGUAUGUUAACUGGUCUCCACUAUUACACAUGCCUAAAACUGUAGAGUAUUGUUAGUUUGUGAACAUGAAUGCAUUGUUUUGACUUUCGUUUUGCAAACUUGAAUUACUGAAAUGAAUGUGAUUUUAAGAUUCAAUUGUUUUUUUUUUUAUGUUAAGCAGUUGACAAAUCCAUAAUGUUCUCUCCAUUGUGUCCAGGUCAAGUCAUCCCCUGACUAUUUACCUCCAUAUAUGUGAACACAGCAUUUCAGCAUCUUAACGUAAUGGUUACAAAUACAAAGAAAGCCUUAUACAUGUACAUUCAAAUAUAUAUUGUUGUAUUCCUUUUACUGAGGUUGUAUGUAGUUAAGCUUUCCUAUGAGAAGUCCUAGGAAUUUGUUUCAGGGUGUGUAUGCUGUCUGAAGUUUUUAAAUAGUGAAAAUAGUCAUUAGCGCAUUGCAGUAUGACAAAUGGUUUAGAUACAGUCAGAUACAAAAUAAUCACGUAAAAAUUAAAUUGAAAAUUUUGAAUUGUCACACAAUCAUUCUCUAAAACCAAAUCUUGUGCGGUUUUAAAAUCUUUUUGUUCUGUAUCAUACAGUGUCCAAAGAAAGCACCUUAUGGUAUGAUAUUAAGCACAUGUACAGUUAAAAACAUUUUUGGCCAUCAAUUUUUCACUUUACAAGAUUUUAUUUUUGUACUUACUGAUGCAAGAUUCUGUUACCGUGUCGAGCAAAGCUGAUGGCUUGCUAAAAGUGGGCUUUUACAAAUCCAAAUUGUAUUUUUAAACCUUGUGCUCCUUGUUGGUAGAUGUGAUGCACAAUGUUUAGCAGGCUCCACAUCCUCCACAAGGGGGAGUUGUGUCAUCAUCAGACCAGUUCUGUACACACUAGCCUGCGCCACCUAGAGGCAGAGGAAGUAAUAGCGCCUGCACUUUAACUUUUUCAACUGCACAUUUUGUCCUUCUUUGAUACAGUUGCAUAUUUUGUAGCUGCUGUUUGUGUGUUAAAGAAAGUACAUUUCUACUACUUCUGUCUCUAAACAUGUAUGCACUUGUAACAACAUUAUUAUGACAGACAUUUCAGACAUGUAAUCAUCAAAGACACUAGUGUUGUUUUUUUGUAGAGAAAUAGUCACCCAUUAAGAGCUUACUAUUCUGCCAAAAAAACAAACAAAUUUUUGUACGGCUCGCAUUUGAAGUUAAAAUGUUCAGCACCAAAGAUAGGUCCAACCUAUUUCGCUACAAAUUCUGCUGUCUCUAAAUCUGAACCUAAGUUUUGUCAGUAAUCUUUGGCCAAGCAAAAUGUGGUUAGAUCCCCUCUGCUUCCCUCUCAUUAUUAACCAGGACAUUCAUUAUAGGACACAGUGUCACUCAGAGCCAAGUGACCUACAGUAUGUACUUUACCCAGUUAACAGCUGCUCAAGUUCACAAACCCUUUACAUUUUGCAGGUUUAAAAUGUAAGCUACAACAUGUCAAACACUGAAAAUGCACACCUCUUCACGUCUGCAGUUCUAAACUGCUGCUGCUGUUACUUUUCUUAUCAAUUUGGCAGAUGUUAGACUGGUCUGAAACAGCUUUGGGGUUGUCCAAAGACAUAAUGUUGUACAUACUGUGAAUUUGGUGUUUUCAUGUCAUCCUUUAAUUAAAAUCCUGAAUUUUUUCUGUUUCAAGACUUUAGUUCUCUAUCCUGUCUUGGUUAGUCUUGACUGGACCGGUGGAUGAUGCAUGAUUGUUAAUAUCUUUGGAAAAGGGCUGCUUUAAUUGUCUAAUGCUGCUUCACGUUCUGUGCAUUUACGUAUGUACAAUAUCUUGCACCAACGCAGCAUGCACACUAUGUAGUUCUUUGAGAGAAUGGUGAAAUAAAAGUCAAAUUUUUUUCUCA